ACAUAUGCAUUAUUGCAUUAUUGCUGCAAGAGAAUUAAAGGUGAUCUUGGGUGAAGAGAGAGGAGGAAGGGGCGGAGAGAUGGCGGAAUAUAGACUUGGAGAGCUUAGACACAUGCUGAUGACGGUGUUCCUGUCGGGAUUCGCUGGUUACUUGGUGAGGCCGGUGAUGACUGACGUCACUGUCGCCGCCGUUUGCUCCGGCAUAAACGAUUCAUGUUCUCUCGCCGUUUAUCUCACCGGAGUACAACAAGUGACUGUAGGAAUAGGGACAAUGGUCAUGAUGCCAGUGAUCGGAAAUCUAUCCGACAGAUAUGGAAUCAAAGCAUUGCUCACUCUUCCCAUGUGCCUCUCUAUUCUUCCUCCAGCGAUAUUAGGGUAUAGAAGGGAUAGAAACUUUUUCUACGCAUUUUAUAUUACCAAGACUCUAUUUGAUAUGGUCUGCCGAGGCACUGUUGACUGUCUCGCUCAAGCCUAUGUGGCCAAAAAUGUUCAUGGAAAAAGGAGAAUAUCAAUGUUUGGAGUUUUUGCUGGUGUCAAAACAAUAUCCGGGGUUUUUGCAACAUUCUCAGCUCGUUUUUUACCUAUAGCUUCGACUUUUCAGGUUUCAGCUAUAUCAUUAUUCGUUGGUUUGGUGUACAUGAGAGUUUUCCUCAAAGAGAGGUUACACGACGAAGAUAACGAGAAUUCUGAUGAUGGUGGUGGUAGUAAUAAUCAACAAAAAGUUCAUGAUGAUGGUGAUCUAAGGAUGUUAGCAGAGCCGAUUCUAAAAGACGCACCAAGUAAAACACAUGUAUUCAACGUUAAGUAUUCUUCUUUGAAAGAUAUGGCCAGCUUUAUAAAAAAAAGCCCCAUACUCGUUCAAACAUUGGUGGUUACAUUCUUUGCUACCUUAUCACAAAGUGGAAUGCAGUCUGCUUUCAUGUAUUUUAUGAAAGCUCGUUUUGGGUUCAACAAAAAUGACUUUGCUGAGCUCUUUCUACUGGAUAACAUCAUUGGCUCCACCUCCCAGCUGUUUAUAUUGCCGAUAUUGGUUUCUGCCAUUGGAGAACGUUGGGUAUUAUCAACGGGGCUUCUUAUGGAUUUUUUAAACGCAGCUAUUCUCAGUGUUGCGUGGUCAGCAUGGAUUCCUUAUGCCACGACCCUGCUUGUACCCGGAGCCAUGUUCGUGAUGCCAUCGGUUUAUGGUAUUGCCUCAAGACAAGUUGGAUCCGGUGAACAGGGGAAGGUCCAAGGAUGCAUAGCCGGGGUAAAGUCCCUGGCUGGAGUUUUAGCUCCAUGUGUAUUUAGUCCAUUAACAGCAUUGUUUCUCUCCGAAAAUGCACCGUUCUAUUUCCCUGGAUUCAGCCUUCUAUGUAUCGCCUUCUCAUUGAUGAUUGGAUUCUUUCAGAGUCUUCUGUUAAAAGAUCUUCCUUCUCCAUUAGUGAAUAAACCAAUCAGCAAGGUAGCAACAAAUUAAAAGGGAAAUAUUCACAAGAGAUAACUCAAGAUGAAAAUGCAACUUGAAUCUUGAACAAAUUUACUUCAAAAUUUCACUUGUAACGAACUCGGAGCUAGACAUUGUUAAAAACCACUUGGUUUUCUUAAACUGGUGGUUCAAAAUUUACUAGAGUCAAACAAACAAUGUUUGAUCGAUGUCGAUAAUUGGAGCGCCUCAUUUUUGUCAAUGCAAAUGUGGGCAAAUGGAACUAGUUUGCCACUUGCAUGCGGCUAGAAGUAACAAAACUGAGGCUCCAUACCUAUUUCAUCA